AUGCAGCCGUUUGCUCGUCCUGCGGUUCGGCUUGUCUGGAACCAUGCGCGAUUUGGGCUUGAUCGAUCCGCGAGGCCCGGGAGGUCUUGCUGGGGCCCCUCGAUAGUGCAGAGCUCAACAAUAUGUGUGCGAUGCAAUCUUCAGGCCAUUGGUCUCCGAGCAAGACUCUAUUCGACGGAGCGACCACCAAGAGAUUCCGAGAAGAGUUCGAGGACGAAUAAAGAUGUCGAGGAUGAGCUUGAAUCCAUACUCAAACCUCGGCCAAACGUUUUCAAAGAGCUGCAGCCGCCUGCCGAUAUACCCAAGUUGCAAGAUGUCAAAUCUGCCAAUGCGACUACCGAAAGUGCUACCCGUAAAGAAAAACCCGAGCCACCCAAGGCCGAGACAGAUACGAAGCCUAGCGAAGAAUCCCCUCAAUCGCAAGCACCAUCAGGUCUUCAAAACCUGCGACACCUUACCCUGAACCACAUGAACGAAUUGAAGGAGAGGUUCAGCGGUGCUAUGGAUAGACUGCAAUCCCGAGCAAUGAAUGCUUCACAAACUCUCAACGAUAUUACCGGAUACACAGACAUCGAGACCAUCAAGCAUCAAAAUGCCAAGCUAGAAGCAGACCUUGCAGCAGCCCAUGAGCGGGUCCGCGAGGCUCGCCAGGAAUACAAAACAUCGAACGCCAGUCGUGCGACAACACAACGUGAGGUCACAACACUAUUGGCGCGGAAGGAUAGCUGGUCUCCUAUCGAUCUUGAGCGUUUUACCGAGUUAUACCGAGCGGAUCAUACCUUGGAGGGCAAGGUCGCAUCGUCCCAGGAGGCUCUAACAGAGGCUGAGAUGGAAGAGCAGCGCCUUAGCCAGCAGCUAAAUGCCGGAAUCCUGAAACGUUACCAUGAAGAACAGAUUUGGAGCGACCGUAUCCGACGGGCGAGUACUUGGGGUACCUGGGGCCUGAUGGGCAUGAACUUCCUUUUGUUCGUUAUCCUACAAUUCGUGGCAGAGCCCUGGAAGAGAAGGAGACUGGUCAGGGGUGUUGUAGCUGAGGAAAAGGCUGUUCUCGAGGAGGUUCGUGGUGAGCUUGAGCAGGUCAAGCUGGCCAUCGAGAACCAAAAGACCUUAUCGACGGCCGAAGGAACCUCAGAGGCCGAGGCCGAGGCAAUCGCUGAAGCCUUGGCGUCAGAGAAUGUGUUGCCGGGUGAGAGCCUCAUGGUAAAGGAGACAAAACCCAGCCAGGAACCCAUUGCCACAUUUGAACCGGUGGCUGAAGCGCCUCUUUCAGAGCCUCUACCCACGAGGACAUGGCAAGAAGCUCUUAUGGACCCAGAAUGGUGGAAGACCAAAUCACAAGAUAUCUACAGCGAGCGACGGAUAGAUCUUCGCAUGCGAGACGUUUCAUUAUUGGUGCUGGAGGGCGCAUUAGCAGGAGCCGUGUUUACAGGAAGUAUUGCGCUGUUUCUGGUUCGAAGAUCAUGA